AUGCCUCCAAAACGAUCCAGAGGAAAAGCUCCUCAGGUCUCAGGUCAGAACAGAGGACUGAAAAAUCAAAGAAAGGUGGGAGAGCAACAGAAGAGCCUUCUCCUUCUGGAGGGGAAGACGAAAGUGGGCAGUCCUGAUAAAAAAGUGAGGAAACGCAAAGGCACCACUGCUCCCCAGAGGACCUGCUCUGGAGCGAACCCAGACAUUUGCACCGAGUGCGGGCAAACCUUUGCCCAGAGCUCAGAUCUAAUUAACCACCAGAGAAUCCACAUGGGCAAGAAGCCUUACAAAUGCCUCGACUGUGGGAAAGUGUUCAGCAUCAGUUCCAGCCUGAGCAGGCACCAGAGAAUCCACACGGGUAAGAAGGCGUACCUUUGUUCUGAGUGUGGGAAGAGUUUCACCGAUAAGUCCACCCUGGUUCAGCAUGUGCGAACCCACUCUGGAGAGAAGCCCUACCAAUGUAUCGACUGUGGCAAAACCUUCAGCCGCAGCUCCCAUCACAAGCGGCACUUAAAAAGCCCACCGGGGAAGUGGCCUACUAAAUGCAAUCACCCAGAGACUAAGACCACCAAUGCUUCUGGUCCUGGCAAAGCCAAAAAGUCCAGGGUCUCCAAGAAGCAAACGCCUCCCUUUGAAAUCCCCCACACAUGCGCGGAAUGCUGGCAGAGUUUCAAUCAGACCUCUGACCUGGUCAAGCACAUGCGUAUCCAUACGGGGGAAAAACCCUUUGAGUGUAACCACUGUGGGAAAUGCUUCAAUGUCAGCUCCAACCUGAUCAGGCACAAGAGGAUCCACACGGGAGAGAAGCCCUACACCUGCUCUGACUGUGGGAAAAGCUUCACCGACAAAUCCACUCUCACCCAACACAACCGCACCCAUACGGGGGAGAAACCCUACACAUGCACUUACUGUGGGAAAAGUUUCAGCCGCAGCUCCCAUCACAAGAGACACCAGCGGAUCCACGCAGGAGAAAAUCCUGUCUCUUUUCUGCCCCUGUGGCCUUACCCUAACCAAACGUACUAA